AUGCAGGGCGAUGACCGACCUCUGAAGCGGCUCCCGGACACCGUCCAGGCCACCGACAAGCUCCCAGACGGGCCUGAGCCCGUGGCAGUGGAGGUGGAGUACCCGUCCCGGGAGGAGCUGACGCGCGUGGUGGGCUCGCCGGAGCAAGCCCUGUCCACCCUGCUCUCCACGACGCUCGCCUCGGCGGACUGGGUGGAGGUGUGCCAUGCGCUGGGCACGCUGCGCCAGCUGACCGUGCACGAGCCCGCCGCCCUGCUGGAGCCUCACCUGUCCCAGCUGGUGCCCCUGGUGCUCAAAUCUGUGCGCAGCCUGCGCAGCUCCGUGACCAAGACCGCCAUCCUGGCUGUGGGAGACCUGUUCCUGUCACUGGGAGAUGCCCUGCUGGCGCUGGCCGAUGUGGGCGGAGCGGCGGGCCCCACCACCAGCCUCCUGGGCUCCCUCCUGCUCAAGGCCGCCUCCAGCGAGAAGCAGUUUGUCCUGGCGGCGGACAGCGUGGACCCCGCUGCCCUGUCUGCGCUGCUGCUGCCCUACACCGAGCACAAGAGCCCCAAGGUCCGGGGCCGCACCGCCAUCGUCCUGAGCCUCGCGCAAGCCAGGGUGCAGGACAACACCCUCCGAGGCAUCCCCGUGCCCUCCCUGCUGGCGGCCAGCGGCCGCCUGCUGACCGACAACACCCCCGAGGCGCGCGAAGCCGCCAAAAAGCUGCUUGCCCACGUGCGCGCCGCCUUCGAGCAGACGGAGGCAGCGGGCGUCGCCGUGCCCAAGGCGGCGGAGGAGGGCGCCCCCGCCCCAACUCCCUGGGAGGCGUACUGCCGGGCGCAGCUGCCGGGGAGCACCGCGCUCGCCGUGCUCCGAGCACAGCAAUAA